ACGUCAAAGGCACACGGGUCUGAGUAAUGUGAUUCUAAUAGUUCUAUGCGUCUGGACAUUUUGUGAAGAGAGAAGAAUUUGUAAAGCAUGCAGCCAAACACCCAGCAGCCACCACCACCACCACCAAAUAAUGACCAGGCCACGUGGUGGUUCAGAAUUCUCGUUAAAUCGAUAGGCACAAUAGGUGGCCUAAUUGCUAUGAUAACUGGAAUAGUUACCUGUAUAUCACUGUCUGCGACCUGCAUUGUAUCUGGAGUUUUGCAAAUGUUGGUUGGAUUCAUAGUCGUUUUAUUUGAAGCGCCAUGCUGCUGCCAAUUCAUAGAAUUUGCAGAUAAAGUUGGAAAAUUUUCUGACAACAGAGCCCCAUGGCAGAAAGCAGUCAUAUAUUGUGGUUUGUCAUUGAUUCCAGUGUUGAUGUGUUUCGGGAUGUCUACAGUGUUUGGUAGUGCCCUAGUAUUUGUCUGUGGUGUUCUGUAUGGCAUGGUGUUCCUGGGCAAGAAAGCUGACCGUGAUUCGAUGAAGGCAAAGGCUCGUGGUGAUGAUGUUGAGAUGCAGGCAACACUGAUGGAUAAUGAGGACAGGGUGGAUCUACAUGUACCUGACAACCAGCCAAAGUGAUACAUGUCUCUAGCAGCACAUGAAAGAUCUGAUAACUCCAGUUACCUGUGAAUGAUGACCUGGGACAGAUGACAGGCUCCUUUCACAAGGUUUUGGUGCAGGUCACUGAAGAAUCUACUUAGGUUGAAUAUGUGGCUAUGAUUAAUUUAUUAUCACAUGUAGAUUUUUCAUUUAAUACACACAAGUCUACCUUAGGAAGUAGGAUGGUAUGUUAGAGAUGUAUGGUGUUCAUUCCCUAUCUGGUGUUACAGGAUAGCCAUGUUUCAUGAGAUGUUGAAUCGGGACAUAUUAAGUCUGUAUAAGACAGGUAAGAACAGUAUGAUGUUCCACUUCGUGUCAAAACAUAGGUAUAUCAUUUACAGGAGCAUCAUGGCUUCAGCUGUUGUGAGGACAUAAAUGAGAUUUAUAAAAGUAAAUGGUGUUCAGGUCAAUUAACGUAUGUAACAAUAUAAAAAAAACUAAUACAGAGGAACAGGGUUCAUGUAUUCAAGUUAGAUAUGAUGAUUAGGAUAUACAAAUACAGAUACGUUUUUUAAUAACUAUAAAUGUUGCCAGGUAUGGUCAUCUGUAAAUCUCUUUUUAGCUCUUAUUUUUUCAAUUUGUCCACUUUUAUUAGCAAGUUUAAGGUUGCUCAUAUAGUCUGGUACUGGGGUACAGUAAUGUGAAUUUGGAUAUGAGCUUCAUACAUUUAUCACAAUUGUUCCUAAUCUUAUUAUUAGUCAGUAGUAUGUAUUUAUUCCUAAUGAGUCCCAUCCCAAGAAAUCAGUGGAUUACCUAAGUAUGGUAAUUUUCACCUGGUUAACUUGUUAAAGAUACAACUGACUGUUCCAAAAGUAGGUACGAGAGAAUAUUUUCCAAGGGAGAUAAUUGAUAUGAAAAUCAUUAACUAUUUUAAUAUGCAUUAUAAAAUCAUAUUAAAAUGGUAGCUGAUAUAUUUAAAGUUUCAUUUCAGUUGAUACUUGCUUGAAAAUAUACAUUCUACCUGGAUUUAUGUUUAUUAUUAAUAACUUUAUGCAUCCAUUUUGUGAGCUAGACUAAUGUUAGAAUUCAGGAAGAACAUGACAUUGUGUCAAUAGUGAGUCUGUUAUGUAUAUAGACAAUAAUAAAUAGUCCAAUUGCUGGCUAAUCUAGAUCUGUGCCCAUCAUAUUCAGGAAAUCCAGUACUGUGAUAAAGGCUACAUAGUCUCCUGGUGUACAGAACUAUAUUUUGUUUAGUUUAGUCUCUAUGUUGUUCACAUCUGAAAUGAUAUAGCCUGGUACAGAUUGAAUUAGUCUUGUUAAACCUGACUCCUAGACGGAUGGUUCUGGUGCAGUUCUGGGAGUGUCCAUUGAAUCUGACACAUUGAUCCCUAUAGAAUGUGGUUUAGAGAGAUUGGUACUUAUGGAGGCUGAAUAGGCAUGUACAGGUUGUAUCCCAUUGGAGCUAAUGGUAUAGACAAUGUGCAGGUUUUGUCCCCUUGGAGCCCAUGGUCUAGACAAUGUGCAGGUUUUGUUCCCUUGGAGCCUAUGGUAUGGAUAAUGUGCAGGUUUUGUCACCUUGGAGCCCAUGGUAUAGACAAUGUGUAGGUUUUGUCUCUGGAGUUAAUGGUAUAGACAAUGUGUAGGUUUUGUCUCUGGAGUUAAUGGUAUAGACAAUGUGUAGGUUUUGUCUCUGGAGUUAAUGGUAUAGACAAUGUGUAGGUUUUGUCUCUGGAGUUAAUGGUAUAGACAAUGUGCAGGUUUUGUCUCUGGAGUUAAUGGUAUAGACAAUGUGCAGGUUUUGUCACCUUGGAGCCCAUGGUAUAGAAUGGAGUACUCUAAAGGAAAUGUUUUGGUUGUAUUCAUAUUGAAUUGGUAUUGUUACCAUAAUAUUAUACUGGUAGUAAAUCCAUACUGGACAUUGACCUUAUGAACAUAUGACAUCCAUUUAAUAUUGAGAGUAUAUAGUCACCCUAUUUAUAAAGUUUACACCCUCACAUCACAGGCUCUUUAGCUGAGAUUGUUUAUUAUAAGCAUACAUUAUUUUUAAUUGUUUUUUUUUGUUUUGUUUAUUGCUUUUUAGCAGUGUAUUUGACCAGUAAUUGUUUCUCUGUAUUGUUUGCAGUUAUGAUUGGCGUUGCAGCUUAAACUGUUUCUUAAUUAUCGGAACAUGAAAAUGAUAUCUAUAUAUUUAAUGUCCUGUUGGUUUAUUAUCAAAUUGAGAACCAAUCACUCAUAUUCUCAUAACACGUACAUCAGCAUGAAAAGUUGAAAUGGAAAUCAAGAAGCACCUGCUGGAGUGUAUAGUUGGUAGAAUUGCUGUUUAAUUUACUGAAUUUUAAUUUGUUUUUAUGAUAUCAUUCAAUAUUUUCAUUUUUUUUGUGAUCUGUGAUAUUGAAGCUGGACCAGUUAACUCAGAAAGAAAACAUUUAUUGUACCUUUAAUCUGUUCAGAGUGUUUUAUACAGUUAUAUCAAAUUGAUUUAUAACUGUUUGGUUACUAGACCGUUUUCAAGGAAAACAGUUGAAUCAUCUUAAAUGACUGAUAUUUGUCAAGACAAUAAACAUUGUUCAGUACAUGUACUAAGAAAGUAAGACCCUUGUUAUGUUUGGCUCUGUAUAUUAUUGCUAUUCAUUUAUCAUAUUUAAUCAUUUUGUCAAUUACACUGAAUACCUAUAAACUUGGUUGAUCAAAUUGGUAAAAUAUUGUUAUGCCCUACAUAUUAUA